AUGCACACCACCGAGAAGCUGAACGCGAGCGUAAUCCUAGCACAAGACCGUUCGAAAGACGUCACUCGCCUGAUCAAGACGACUACCGAGAAAGGCAACCGCCUCCGCGAUGUCCAAAAUGGCGCCCGCGGUCUCCAAGACAAGCUUCGUGAGGCUGAGAGAGCCCGAAAGGAAGCGACCAAGAACCUCGGGGUUGCUCAAGAUACCGUCGGCAGGCGCGACAACCGUAUCCUAGAACUCGAGGCAAGUCUCAACGCUCACAUUCGAAAGGCGGCAGAGAUAUCCAAGGAACGCAAAAUGGCUAUCGACAUCGCGAACAAGAAAGCCGAGAAGUCUUCCAAUGACAUCCGCGAGCUCCAGAGACGACUCCAAGAUGCGACCAACAUGUACAAGAAGCGUGACGACGCUCUGAAGACUGCAAACAAGGAGGCCAAGACGGCAGCCAGCACUAUCCUAGAGCUUCAGCAGCAGCUAAAGAGCGCCGAGCAAUUGACUUCACAAGAGCAAGAAUCCGAGAGCAACUUUGAGGAGCUCUACUACGCCGAGAAGCUCAAGUCAAUUCAAGCCCGUCGCGAUGCCGCCAAAUACAAGGCCGACGCUGGUCGUCUCCCAGCGGCUACGGCCGAGAUCCAAGAGCUAAUCAAGUGUAACAACGAGCAUGUUGAUGCGCAAAGGAGCCUCACGAAGACGGUCAUUGAGCAAAACGACAUGCUCGCAUACUUCCAGACGAAUGGCUAG